CGGUGUCGUAAGUACGCAUCAAAUGCGGUCCAUGAUUCAACUGUAUCGUCACGUUUGCCAGAUGAUCGACUGCUUCUGUGCAGUGUACGGUUGGAUAUUGCUGCUAAUGUUUUUCGAACAUUUCAUCAUCAUAACGGAUCGAUCCUUUUUUGCCAUUCGCAUGUACCGUUUGUCCGCUGAACUAACCAUUACCCACGUUUUGAGAAUGAUGAGCACCUGGAUAAUGCCACUGGUAAUCAAUGAUUUCCUACUUACUGGUUCAUGUACCGCAGCAGAAGCAGCAUUGCAUGAGUUUGAAAAGCAUUUGUGCAACUAUGAGCCAAAACCAAGGUUCCGGAUUCUGAAUGCCUUGAACUUGAACAUAGCUCUUCUAUACGCGACCUUUGGAGUGAUAGCCACUUAUCUCACCGUGUUUCUACAGUUCGAUCCGGUACAAUAAUGAAAAAUCGUCACAAUCGCCGUUCCAAUAAAUUUUAAAUUUUAACUUUUUGGCAC